CCCUUUCCAAGGCCCCCCCAACCCCCACAAAAUCCCUUCGUCUACCUUCACAUCCCCUUCCCCAAUUUCCCAUCAAAACUGCUGUUUUGCUUCUUCUUUGCAAGUGAAGGAAAGUUACUCCUAUUCUAUUCCUUCCUUUUAUUCGCCUUAACUAUUGCUGUGAAAAUUAUUAGAUGCAUACAAUUAGUUUUGAUGGCGACGGCGAUGGAGAAGUUGGUAGUGCAAGGUCUAGGCCGCAGAGAUACGCCGGGGAAAGCUAAUCCCCAUUCCUCAUUUGCUUCGCCUCUCACUUCCCCAUUUCGACGCCGCCGCCGCCGUUUCCAGCUCCGGGCUUCGUCUCUGGUGCUCCCGCUUCUGCCUUUCCCCAUCGACCAGGUCCUGAUUCCAUCUGAGGUUAAAAGCCUUCAUCUAUAUGAAGCAAGGUAUAUAGCGCUGCUGGAAGAGUCUUUAUUUAAGAAGAACAAGUUGUUUGUGCACUUUGUGCUAGAUCCAAUUGGUCUUGGUGGUACGUCAAUAGAGGCAUCCUUUGCUGCUAGAUAUGGUUGUUUGGUCACAAUAGAGAAAGUCGAAAAACUAGAAAUUGGUGCGUUGGUCCUGAUAAGAGGUGUAGGUCGAGUAAAACUAUUGGAGUUCAAAAAGGCUCAACCGUACUUGACUGGAGAAGUUACACCGAUGCAAGACAAUGUUCCUCUCAACAUGAUCGAAAUAAACUCGGAAGUUCUGAAAUUGAAGGAAGUUCUUCACAAUUUGAAAAGGUUGGAGAUAAAAUUGAAGACACCAGGGGAAACAUUAUUGCAAACACAAAUUACAAAUUCUCUUGUUUGGACCGAAAAGCAAAUAACUUUGGAUUGUAUCAAAGAUUUUGUUCCAUCUGUUGCUGAACGUGUUUCUUUUGCAGCGCUUCAACCUGUUUCGGGUUCCACUCAAUCAGAAUUGGCAAAGUUGCAGAAAGAAAAACUGGCGGCGAUGGAAACAACGGACACACUCCAAAGACUAGAGAAAACUGCCCAAUUAGCCAGAGACAAUAUCUCAAUGCUUGCAGCUAAGCUUGCCAUUCAAUCUCUAGAGAGGCAAUGAGGCUUUGUACAAAAUUGAAAAUUUUGUAUGUCAACUGACUACUUGUGUUUACGAAUAAAAGGAAGUAUUUGAGUCCCUUUUAUGUGAAGCCGUGUUUGGGAGUAGUUUUGAAAACUUGGUUUUGUUUGGAAAAAAAAUCAGAGAGACAUGUAUUUUCUCCAAUAUGUACCGUAUCAAGGCUCUAUGACUAUUACACGAGAUCAUCCAUUGUAUGUCA